AUGCAAAAUAAUCAGGGAGUACCGCCAAACCUAACGUAUAAUAUACCAAUGCAACAGCCUUUCAUGGCUGGAAGCUCAAAUAUCGCACCAAAUGUUAACCAACAUCCUUCUCAAAUGAUGAUGAUGAGUGGAAUUAACCAGGGAUUUAACCCGUAUCAAUAUCCACCUCCAGUGAUGGAGCAGCAACCUACACUGAUAAACGCUGAUUCUACAGCUGAAAUGGCCCAGGAAAGCAUAUCACAUAAUACCAGUUUUCAACCACAUUUGGGUAAUACAAACACAGCAAAUUACCCAAGUGUUAAAGGCCACAACAUGACAAAUGUGAACAACGCCCAGGCCAUGGUAACAACGAAUAAACGGUUUUUAGUGACCUAUGGAUUUCACCCGCCGAUGAUGAAUCAGCCAACAAUAAUAACGGCGCCUCCAACGGUUAUGCCGCAGCCGACGAUGCCAGGAAUGAUGGGUAAUCCCACGAUGAUGGCCCCUCCGAUGAUGAACACGCCGAUGAUGAAUCCUCCACUUAUCAGCAGCGCGCAGGCAGCAAUGAUGAACAACAGCCAGAAGGGGCCGCCGAUGAUGAACUUCCCAAUGAAGACGCUGAUCGACACGCUGUUGAACCCAGUAGUGGUAACAGUGCCGCAAAAGGACGACGCGCCGAAGCUGACGAACGUAGUGUACGUGGGAGGCCUGACGACCGACACGACGAACGAAUUUGUAAUUAACAUGUUGCAGAAAUGUGGUAAAACGACUACUUUUAAAAGACACAUGGACCCAUCGUCAGGGUCACUGGCAACAUUCGCGUUCUGCGACUUUGAGUCUCCAGGAGGAGCGUACUACGCAAUAGAGUGCCUCAACGGGCUGAAGUUCGGCAACAACGUGCUCAAAGUGAGCUGUAACUCGAGAGUGAAGUGCCAAAUCGAUGACUGGAAAAUAGGAAAGAUGGAGGAAAUGUGCCUGACGAACACGGACAAGAACAAGGACGAGGUGCUUAAAAUGUUCGAAGAGUAUAAGGCGCAGCUGAGAAGAGAGUUCACAGAGCUGAUAGCAAUACACAUCAAAGCGCACCCUCAGGAAAAGGAAGAAAACGGAGAGGAAAAUCAAUCGGAAUCAGUGGAAGAUGAGGAAAAAGAGGAACAGCACGAGGAAACGCCGAAAUCGGCGCAAAAAGAAACCAAGGAGAGGCAGGCGAAGGAGGAGGAUCAAAUACUAAGUAAAAAAUAUCUGGUGAAUAAAAAGGAACUGGACCGACUGUUUAAACUGAAGCAGAAGAGGAAAAGUUACGACAAUAAGUAUAAGGAGCAGCUGCCGGACUGGGAGUACGAGGAGGAAAAAAUGUUCAAAAAGCUCAAGGCGCUCCAAACAGUGUCCGCCUCGAGAAGAGAAAGGCUGAUCAAGGAGGACCUGGCGGGCACCAGCAAGCCGAACCUGAAGCACAGAGCACGGGAGAUCGAAGAGGACUACAAGGACGAGCAGGAGGAGCUGGACGAAAACAAGGCUAAGAAGAUAACGAUGAAGAUCCUAAAGCCGUCGUCGGCACCGGCGUCAGCCCUGCCCUCGCACAGAAACGCCGAGACCGACAGUGCGAGUAGCAGCGCGAGCAGAGGAACGGCCAGGAGCGGCGACAACAGGGACGGCGCCUCGAGCAGGUCGGGAGCAAAGUCGAGCAGGGCCGUCUUCGCCGCUGAGGCCGAGGAGGUGAAGAAGCCUGCGCUGACUGAGAAGGAGAUUUGGCAGAUGGUGCCGACCGACGGCAUCCUCGACUUCAAGCUCGACUGGGACCUCCUCUUCUCGACGAACCUGAGCAUCCUCAUAGAGCCCUGGAUUCGGCGCUGCAUCCUCGAGUACAUGGGCAACGAGGAGUCGCUGGUCAGCGACGUGCUCGAGUUCAUCUUCUCCCGCCUCAAGGAGCGUCCGGGUCCCCAGGAGCUCCUCUUCGAGGUGGAGCAGUUUCUCGACGAGGAGAGCCAGGGCUUCGUCACGCAGCUCUGGAGGCUGCUUGCGUUCCACCAGAUUCGCCUUAGGAGCCAGUAG